AUGGGCUCCUCAGACACACCACCACCUCAUGUCCCUCCUUCCUACAUGCUCAUAACCAACACGCUACUCCAAAUUGGCGGUCUCCUCUGGACAGCAUGCUACAUCCUCUCAACCCGAGUUUCCUUCAAGACCAAAACAUAUGGCAUGCCUAUCUUCGCGCUCGCUUUCAACUUUGGCUGGGAACUAAUUUACCUAAUGGUCGCGCCCUCAUUCCUCGAAAAAGCGGUGUUCACCCUCUGGUGCGUGCUGGAUGUAUUUCUAUUCAUCGGAGUAUUCAAGUACGGAGAGCGGGAGUGGAAACAUUCCCCCUUUGUGGGGAGGAAUCUGGGGAAGAUAGUGCUGGUAAUGACGAUUUGGUGUUGUGGGUUCCAUUAUGUGAGUUCGAGGUUUUGGAUUGAGAAUUUGAUUGGCAGGAAAGAGGGGAAGGGAGAUGGGGCUGAUAUGACGGAAUUGGCUUUUUGGAGUGCGGCGGUUGCGCAAGCGUACGGAUCGAUGGCUUGUUUAGCGCAAUUGGUGGUGAGACAGCAUACUGGAGGUGGCCACGAGAACAUUGGGUUCUUUCAUUGCGUUUGA